AUGCAGGAAAAAUUCCCCAUCUUUAUUCUGAUUGCGGCUGGAGUGCUGGAUUUAUCUGGUGCCCCCAGGAAUGAACAUCGUGCCAGUGAAGUAUUAGACCUGAGUUUUCCUGGAGAAACCCAACCAAGAGCUGAGAGCAGCCCAGUGCCCACCGAAGUGUCUUCUGUGACAGAAGAUAACUUGGAUCAGGUGACCUUUAAUUUUCAGAGUCCUUUUUCAGCACUUGAUCCUACCAGUGAAAUGACAGCUGACUUCAUUCCUGUGCAUACAGAGACAGCUACAAAAAGAACAACUGUGCUGCCAAAGGAGCUGGUUAGGAACUUGGAGGUGGCUGAGCAACUGCAGACAGAACCAGCAGCUGUAAAACUCCAGGAUGAACGCAACUUCCCUGGCAAGGUCUUGAGCAGCAUAAGCAUCCCUGUCUCUGCACAAGGAUCACAGGCUAUCGCACAUCUGGAACAGCCAGACAGAUCACUUCAAGGAAAAGCAGCAAAUAUUACUGAGGCUGGUUUCAGUCCUACCAGCUCUAGUGCUGGGCUGCCCCAGCCCCUGCUCAGUAGAGGGACACAUCAAGACCCUCCCAAGUUUACAGCCAAUCCUGUUGUCAAGCAGAUGGAGGUACCAGGUCCUAAAAUGAUUCUUCUGACUUCAACGGUAAAUUUUCAACCUCCACAGAAAGAAAUAGCAGCAUCUCCAUUUCCCACCAGAGCUAAGGUUGCUCUUGAAAGUGCAAGGGUGGAUGGGUUACCAGCAGGAGCACCUCCCGCUAGCAAAAGGCUAAAAGACACCAAUCCACACGUCCAGCCUGACGGCGAAGCUGGUGUGACGCCUGCAUACCUGAAAAAGACUCGGAGUACGGACGCUGAAGUUACAGCUUCUGCAUUCCUACAAAAGCCAGCUUCAGGGGACCUUGAUGCAGCCUAUUCCAGACUGACACAGCCAAGUCCUAUUCAGUUUUCCCCUAUUUUAUCUCUGAAGCAAGAAACAACAAGCGGUAAAGCCCAAAACUCAGCAACAGCUGUAAUAAAUGGUUCUGGACACCCAGCCCAUUUGCCUGCUCUUCAGACACUCCCGCAAGGCAACGUACAUUCUUCUUCCUUAUUGAUGCAUCUGGAAGCUCUAGUUCAUGGUGAUUUACUUCUGCCUCCAUUUCAAGGGCCCAUUGGUACAACUGUUAGACAACAGCCUCUUUCUUUGUCCCAGACUCUCAACUGUACUAAACACGUUUCCCAGGAAACCAACAGGACCUCUCCAGAAAUCACAGUUCUAGUUUUGCAAAGAGCAACUGAUCAUCAGACAAGGACAAGUAAACCUGAAAAAUCCCCUGAGAGCCCACAACCUUCUGCUAAUUUAUCCUCUUUAAGCCAGUCAUGGAUUUCCACAAUAAAACUUUCCCAAACUACUAAAGACCCAAAAGGAGCAACAUCUGCGCUCUUUCCAGGUAUAUCUGCCUUUGAGAAUGCAGCCCUUCAACCCGUAAGCACUCUUGGUUCUGUUCAUGCAGGGCUUCAGGCACCAGGUACCUCUUUUCCUGCUUAUGUUGGAUUGCAGCUAAUGGGCACCCCCACCUCUCCUGAGAAAGGACUUCACAUACCACCUUCGCCCACGUCCACUGCUCCUAGGUCUCAGGUUCAAGGCAGUUCUGCCCAUCCUGUAUCUCAGGAAGCCUUCCCUAUGAUAGCACAGAUGAGCACAGUGGAAGGCUCCAAAAGAAAGGAAAGUCUCCCACCACAGAGAGAUAAAACUGGUUCUCCCCCACUGACUCCACAAGCCAGCCCAGUCCCCAGCCCCUCUGGAGUGCAUGACAACGGGAACCAGAAAGUUCCACUUCACAGCUUUUCCCCUUCUGCCUCCCAUAUCCAGCAAUCUGGUAGCCUGGCAGCGUUUGCUUCAAAACUGCCCUCACCCCACGCACAGGGAAGCCAGUCCAGCUCAACAACAGCACAUCCUGAACCAGCGGUGCCCAGCGUUUCUGAGGAGAUCCCAGCAUACCUGGCACAAGCGCUAGCGCAGCGAUUUGGUCAGUCGCAUGAUGCAGCUACCAAAAACCUCCGUGUUUUUAGAGGUGACCAAUUUACAAUGCUGCCAUCAUCCCCAUACUUGUCCUUUCUGCUUAAAAGUACUAAUGGCAUGAUAUGCCUGCAGCCCAUGCAAGAUUCCCCUCUGCCUACAAAAUUCCUAAAUGCCAGUGUUGGGGUUCUGGUUUCUAUUCAGCAAAUCCUGGCAGCAUCAAAUUCUUCAGUGCUGGACCUUGCGAACCUAGAAAAUCCGAGUCCUUCUAGUUUAAUUCUGGUUAAGCCCGUGUUUGUCCUUUUGCCCACUGACAGACCAGAUUUACAGAUGGUGCCCUCUCCUGCUGGUGAAGGUGACCAUAAAACUGCCCUCUUGUUCACAAACAAGCAAGAUCUGAAUUUGGGUACCCCUGAAAGCAGCCAUGAUAUCCCAAUGAAAACUAGUUCCUCUUAUACCCCUAGUAAGUUUUCGAGGCUCGAAACUACUCUCUCCACUGCGUCUGACCAACAAGCGGAGAAAACAAAAGUAACUUCUCAGCCAGUGCUAACUAAUCCUAAUUAUGCAGCCAUCACUAGUUCAUCUCAGGCUCUCGCCUCAGCACCAAACCAUUUGCUGGACCCAGGGAUGAAGAUCAGCGCUGCAGUGCAGGCUGCGCACUUCCACAGGCUGCCUGGAGAGAUGCAGGUACCUGCUCCCAAAUCCCAAGGAGCCAAGGGGACUCAUUUGCUUUUAUCUGACAGUGUGUCAGCAGAGCCUUUCACCUCCACCACACCACCAUUAGUGGUGUCUGCACAGCAUAGCCCCCGUAUUUCCCCUGAAGUAUUUCUCACCACUGAAAAGCCACAUUCUUUUUCUGUAAUGCCUUUAUUGUCAGCAAAGGGACUCCCUGAUUUUCUAGUGCCUGCCCACCCUCCGCUUACUAUCACGGGAGCUGUAGAUCAGGUUCAGCACAGUAAGAAACUAAUAACACAAACUACUGGCCAUCACCAAGGCUCAGUGACCACACCUUCCUCUGUCCAAGCACAAUGCACAGAUUGUUUGACCUUGCACUCAACUAGAACCAUAAAACACCCAUUAAAGACGUUCACAAGCAUCACACCUUUGCAGUUCACAUUGCAAAGUCUCUUAAGUACAGAGUCACUUCAAAAGCUACCAUCACAAGUUCAGUUUGUACCCAGCACAUCAUCAGUUUUCUCUGUGCUUCCGGAUGGACACGAUCGCAAAGAUUCAGCAGCGGGCAGCACAGCCUCCUGUUCAGGAGGAGUCGCUGUGUGUGCUAAAGCAGCACAAGCCCACACAACUGCUGUGAAACCUGAGCUUACUAAACACUUGGAAUUUACUCCUAUUGUGCCUAAGCCCUUUAUAAUGACAGAGAGAACAACAAUAGCACCCGUGCAAACUCCAUUUUCAACAAAGGUCCAAGUGAAAGCAACUGUUUCUGGGAAACUUCUGUCUACAAUUACCCGCCCCAGGAUGUAUACCAACUCUCCUGCAAGCCCAGCUUCACCUGCACCUACACAUGCUCCCCUGCUAUCAGCCCUGAAACGUGACCAAAUCCAUCGAGCUCCUACUAAACUGUUUUCACAGGCCAACACGGGAGAAAGUACAAAGCCAACUGAAAUCAGCACAAGUGCAAGAAAAAUAGGAACUGGUAAAUUCUUGGGAACAAGCAUGUCUCUGUCAGCCAUGUUUAACACCAGGAGGCAGCAACCCCCCACUGCAGUUCUUGGGAAUAGGGUGGGUUUAACUCCAGUACAACCAUCUGUGUCCACAGGACCUAUUAUUGCUCUUGCGAGGCAGCCUAAACUGACACAGAGCACAUCACGGUCUCCACUAGCAAUGACUUCUCUCUCCACAGCUAAGAACGAUUCUAUUACUGCUUCACUUACAAACAAAAAAGUGUCUGUCCUGCCAACAUCAACUAUCCGAUCUGCUCCAAGCAUGGUGCUGCUUACAGCCGCCAGAGUGAACAAAUCAACUGUGGUCUCUACAUUAGUGGGGAAGAGUGAGGACAUGUUAGUGAAAGGAGAUGCACCCACUGCUAUUCAGCUGCCCACUCAGCCUCCCAUGUCUUCACCACAUCAGGCAUCAGCAAGGCACCCUCUGGAGAAUAUACCACUGGAAGAUAACACUGAAUAUGAGACUGGUCAGUCCAGCCCUGACACUGUCAUGGAUGCCACCGGGCCAUCAACAACAAAAGCAUUUUCUGUCUCUGCUAAUAGGAUUGUAAAUAAGGUUACUAAUCAGUCAGCAGCCUUCAAUAAAAUAGCUGCCAAUGAUGCUGAGAUGCUUCUAGCCAGAGAUCUAAUGCAGUUCCUUCCAACCUCAGAAAGCCCCUCAUAUUCUUCUCAGAGUUUGGUAGCAGUCACACCACAGGGGAAUUCCUUGCUGGGUGUUGCCAACACUGGACAAUCCGAGGGGCUGUUCUUGAACACAGAGGCAGAGGACAUGGCUAGAACAAAUGAAGUAACAGAAGAAGCAGCUGAAGGCUUAGUAACUGUUCUAGCGCUGCUGGAUUCAGAGCCCAGUGCACUGCUGAGUGAAGCACGUCAGAGGAGGGUUUUGCAGUCAGAUGCUGCCAUUCUGAAUGGNUUUGCAGUUGUGAGUGAUGAUGUCUGUGGCUCCGGUAACUACACUGUACAAAUGAGCCUGCGCCCGGCUGCAGAAGCAGACCCUGAGGUUGAAGGUUCAGUGGCUUCCCAGGAGACUUUCUUGGCUUUAAUUGCUGUGCAGAGCAACAGCAGCCAGCCCAUGCUCCAGAUCCGGUCCUGUUGUGUGACGCCCUCCGCCAGCGCGGGGGGACCAGGCGCGAUGUGCUGCCUGUUCCACAGGUUGCCGUUUGAAUGUAGACACAUCCAGUUACUGCAGAGCAGUAAGUCCAGAGCUGCUAGCUUCACUAUCCAGCUGUUCCAGAUGCUGAACCAUUCAGUGGCCUAUUUGCACUGUGAGCUUAAUGUCUGUCAGCACGGCAAAUCCGGGUGCGAACAGGUACGUGAGACUGGUGGGGAGCCGCUACUCCAGCCAAGUGACAGGAACAGCUAUGGAAACCUGCACAACCUGAUCUCAUUUGGUCCAGUUUUGAGAAUGAAGAACAAGUUUAUAUAUAAACCUGUGGAAGGUCCUGAUUCUGCCAUGCUGAUACCCAUUCUACUGGGAUCCCUUACUGGCUUUGCUGUCUUGGGCAGUGCUUUCAUAAGCCUUUGGCUGCAUCAUAGACAGAAAGCAAAAAACACAUGCUAUCCCCUACCUGGAGAAAUCCAUGGCCUGUGA